AUGUCUGCUGCCGAUGACGGACACGAUCGAGUCACCCGCUUGCUGGUAACCGACUACAUGCUAUUAGUAAUGACGAUUGUCGUUGUGAUAUGUCGCUGGUUCUCCAAACUGCAGAGGCUCGGGAGGGUGUGUUCGGACGACUACUGCAUUAUCGCUGCCACGCUUCUCCUGGUCUUCUUGAUCAUUCUCCAGACCGCCAUGACGUCGUACGGCUUCGGAUACCCCACGGCAUCACUCCCUCUCGCCACUCUCCAGAUCCAGGCGUUCCUCGGCAGCAUAGCCCGGCUGGUGUACACACCCGCCUCGUCCCUCAUCCGAAUCAGCGUGCUUCUGUUCGUGCGUAAGCUCUCUGUGCACAGCUGGAUCCACUACACGACGAUGGGCCUGAUAACCGCCAACGUCAUGUACGCGAUCAUCCCAGUAUUCGUCCUGACCUUCCAGUGCUGGCCAAUUUCAGCCUCGUUUCAGGCGUCGAUGUUGCGGCGGUCCGCCACCUGUAUCGACCCGCGGACGCUGGGCCUUGCAAUCCCCCUCGUGAGCUUGCUGCUGGACAUCGUCGUGUGGCUCGUGCCCGUGAUCCUCGUCGUCCGCGUCCGCAGCUUGUGCUGGAGAAAGAAGUUGCUCGCCAUGGUUCUGCUGGGAAUGGGCGUGCUCGCGUGCGGAGCGAGCCUCAUGCGGCUUCCGGCGGGCGGCCGCCUAGGCGCCAGGAAAGACCCCAGCCGGUACAUCAUCACACUGUCGAUGUGGACGAGUGUCGAGCUCUCUAUGGGGAUCAUUGCCGCGUCGGCGCCCGCCCUCUGGCCACUGCUUGUUGUAUGCACCCGCCGCUGCACCACAAGCUGGACGCCUAGCAUGACGUUCUGGAGCAGCGGGGAGCCGCGGAUGCCCGGGUCCCUCGACGAGGAGAUGGCCGACGUCGUUGAAGUCGAGCCCCAGCAGGAGGCCCGAAUGGUUAUCAAAUUUGAUAGCACCGAGGCCCUCUUCAAUUAUGCCGUUGAGAGAUUGGCUGGUGAUGAGGAGCGAGACGAGGUCUGA